AUGAGUAGUCAUCGUUCUUUCCAUAACAACACACAUUACCAUUCUUCACCCAAUUAUUAUAAUGGCAAUCAUCAACAAGGAGGCUAUAAUUCGCGUAACGCUCCAAGGCACCCCAAUUAUCAGUCUAACGUUCAUGAUAAUCCACACCCAGAUGAUUCGUUGAUUGCUGAGCACGAGUACAUUGUUCAAUAUCAAACCAUUUUCUUUCAACCUCCUCUGCCCUAUUAUCCAUAUUAUGAACAGAUUGAUGAUUUCUAUGUUGUUACUCAUUCGACUGAGUCGAUCAGAAAUUCGAGAUGUCAUUUUCAUGCUCUGUAUAAUCAUGAUCAUGAGGAGAAAGAGUACGAUGUGUUGAAGUAUUUGAAAAUAAGAAGUCAUCAUAAUCCUGCUAAAGAUGGAAUUGAUUCCGAAGAAUCAGAUAUCUGUGCUAUAUGCCAAUCUGAAUACGAACACGAAGAGAACAUAGGAGUACUGCAGUGUGAACAUGAGUAUCAUACGGAUUGCAUCAAACAGUGGUUGUUGAAGAAGAAAGAUUGUCCAAUGUGCAGGGCUUCAGUUUUGCCUUCACAAGAACAGAGAUUAUAG